AUGCUCGCGACGGAGGGCGUCCCGGAGGACAUGUACCCCAACCCGAACUUCGUCAAGGCCACCCUCGCCGCCUUCCCGGAGAAGGCUGUUGCCACAAUCGAGGAGUCUAGGGCUCUGUGGGAGCAGGGUGGGUACUACAUCCUGGACGUUCGGUCGGACUUUGCGUACGACCAGGGCAAGGUCAAGGGCGAGCGCGUGGUCCACGUGCCGCGCAACCUGUGCAAGACCCGCUGGGACUCGGCGACCAAGUCGCGCGCGUACGACUACACCCCCGUUGCGGACUGGAAGGACAAGGUCUCCAAGGCGAUCCCCGACAAGAAGGCGAAGAUCCUGGUGAUGUGCGCGGACGGGCGCACGAACGCGAUCGACGCGCUCGAGGACCUCGACGCGCUCGGCUACUCGUGCAUCGUGGGCAUGAAGGGCGGCUACGGCGCGUACUCGUUUGUGUUUGACAACAAGGGCGCGCGCCGCGUGCACGGAGAGUACAAGGAGAACUACUCGCACGGCGCGGACACCGCGGGCAUCCACGCGUCGGGCGCCGGGUUCGCGAAGAUGGACCCGAAGGAGGCCGUGCUCAUCAUCCACUAA